CAAUAAGUGACGAGGUACUAUAUGCUCUCUACCUACCUGUCAAGCUUUGCAUCCUCAAUCUUCCGGCAUCUACUACACCUAUCACAAUGACAAUGGACAUUCAGGGCCACCUUUGUGUCGACUGUCAGGAGCGGGACGCCAGUCUAGAUAUCAGAAACCGGCGCCUAUGUGCAACAUGUUUCAUCCGAUAUGUAACCUCCAAAAUCCUCAAGCGGAUGGAGUCCUAUCGAUUCAAAAACCUCGCGGGCGAUCAGAAGCGCCGGCUGUUCCUCCCUCUUUCCGGCGGUGUCUCUUCUCUUGUUCUGUUACAAGUGCUUGACGCUCAACUGCAGAAGCAAAUGGAGAACCGCAACAGAACUGCGUACGACCUCAUCAUCGCCCGUGUCGUGCUCCCUCACACCGAAUCUCAGACCGAGGUUGGGAGUCAGUAUCGGAGAGUGAACACCAGGUUUCCUUUGCACAAUUUCCUCCCACUCUUCUGCCUCCAUGAUGUUUUUCGGCUGGACGAGAAAAUUGAGAGGGACCUCAUCCACCUCGGGAUUAAUCGCCAGGAGGGCGAGCCAGACGACGAAUUUUUACGCCGUGUGCUCUCAUGUACUACAUCAGUGACUGCACGAACAGACCUGAAAUCCAUUCUUCUACAAAGACUGCUAAUUUCAAUCGCUCAACAACAAGGCUGUGAGGCUGUGCUCUGGGGUCACUCGGAUAGUCGUUUGGCAGCCCUUGCCCUCGCCGACGUCGCGAAAGGUAGAGGUGGGUCAGUCCCUUCGACCAUCGCUGACGGACCGUCUGUGCACGGUGUCAACUUUAAUUAUCCCGCCCGUGACCUGUUCAAGGUUGAGCUUCAGACUUACGCUCGAGCUUUGUCGAAUCCUCUGGAGGUAGACUUGAGCGAUGAUAUACCCGAUCGACAGGCGUCUACGAUUCGCAAUACUUCGAUUGACGACCUCCUCAGCAAUUACAUCAACGGACAGGGAUUGAAAUACCCUAGCAUAAUGGCAAACGUGGUGCGAACGGCGAGUAAACUCCAAGUUAAAGCCGCUGCUGACCAGGAGGCCGACGCUUGCCCAAUCUGUGGCAUGCCAGCAAUAAAAAAUCUCGAGAGCUCGCAGGAAAAUGCUGUUCUUUGCUAUGGAUGUGCGAGGGUGAAGCAAGAUAUUAGAGCUUGAAAUCCCUCCAGAUCCUGGAGGUUGACAAUUGCCAUCGAUCUUCAUACCCUUUUUUUUGCUUCUUUUCUGGAUCUUCUGACGAGGAAAAGGAACGCUCGACGCUCGCUAUCGCUCUAAUUGCAAACUCCAGGGACAAUAUCAUAUCAAGGCAGAGCACGACUCUCUCGCAACUCCCCAAGUCAACGGGUUCGUGCAGGCAUCGGUGGAGGUAUACCUUCUGCUGCUUCGACAUCACGUUGCCUCUCUCGGUUGGACCUUCUCGACUCUCGUCGAGAGGUAUACCUUGGGGGAGGGCCGUUCUGGGCAUUCAGUCUUCCCUCCUCGUUCUGGUAGUCGAACUCAUCUGGAAGGCUCGGGUCUGCAACAUUGGCCUGCGGAGUCCCCUUAAUCCUCUUCUGGCCACGCACACGCAAUUCCUUUUCGAGCAGUACCACAUUUCGGGUGUUGCACUUGUAUGCCGCAUCCGCCAGGUCACCGAUGAAGGGAACCAGCCCAACUGCAAAGUCAAUGAGAACGUUCAUCUGCAUGCGCAUUUUGAUGGACGAGGGUAAUUCCGGUUCGACGGAGCAGCAGGUGCGGUAGACCAUCAGGGCCAGGAAGAGGUCAACGAAAUCGCCGAUGCUAAGAGAGCCAAUGACCGCUCCCCAGCCAAAUCUUGUGCCCAAAAAGCUUCCCAGGCAAAGGUCGACGCGAUAGGCUCUUCUUUUCGCUUUGGUGAGGAUUUUCUCCUCUUCCGGCGUCAACCCAGGUGGGAGUGCCCUUCUCCUCUUCUUUGUGGUUUUGUAGAGUCCUCCGAGCCUG